AUGACGGUUGGUGAAUAUGGUUCUGGUCCUCGGUUCUCGUGGAAGACGCGUCGCAGGGUUUUCUUCACCGGAGGAGUCUACCGGAGGAUGAGCUCUGCAGCGGAAUUGUCAUCUCGUUUGGUCAAUUUAGGUGGUCUAAUGGGUGGUUUGCUCCAAGUCGUGGAGCUCUCUUACCCUACUGUGGUUGAAAUUACAACAAAGAAAAGAGACGAGAAAAAUGACAAAAGACCCACAGGCAAAAGGCAAAGCGACACACUUCAGGUUCCUUUUCUUCUUCCUCCUCUCUCUUUGUCUUCUCUUCAACUCUGUUUCUUCUUGAACCAAAACUCCACAAAUUCCUCACCUACUCGCUUCCAAACAACAACUCCACUAUUUGCCUCCUCUCCUCCCUCGUUCCUUUGUGGAACACAUCGUAUCGGGAGUAAGUUCCGGCUUGGACGCAAAAUCGGUAGCGGCUCAUUCCGAGAGAUUUACAUAGGAACUGAUGUUCAGACCAACGAAGAGGUCGCUAUUAAGAAAGUGUGAAAACUGUGCAUGCAUCCGCAACUAUCAUAUGAGUCGAGGAUAUAUAGAGUUCACCAGGGUGGAACUGGGUUUACAAACAUGAAAUGGUUUGGUGUUGAGGGAGACCACAUUGUCUUAGUCAUGGAUUUGCUUGGUCCUAGCCUUGAAGAUCUCUUUGGCUAUUGCAAUAUGAAGUUUACUCUGAAGACUGUUCUCAUGCUAGCUGAUCAAAUGAUAAAUCGUCUCGAGUUCAUCCAUUCUAAGUCGUAUCUUCACCGCGAUGUAAAGCCGGAUAACUUUCUCAUGGGUUUAGGAAGACGAACAAAUCAGGUCUACAUCAUAGACUUUGGCUUGGCUAAGAAAUAUAGAGACAGCUCAACUCAUCGUCAUAUCCCAUACAGGUAACGGAGCUUUUCAUUAUCAGUGAGAUUCAGUUCAUUGGAUGUGAGAUUAAAUAUUUUUCUGAGAAUGAUUUUUAUGUGAGUAUGUGAUGAAGUAGAGAACGCUGACUAUAGAUAGAAAUGUAACUUUGCAUCAGUGUGUUAUUUUCAGAUUUUAUGCACACUAGGCUAUCCAACAGAGUUUGCGUCCUAUUUUCAUUAACUUAGGUUUGAUGAUAAUCCUGACUAUGCUUAUUUGAAGAGACUCUUCCGCAACCUUUUCAUCCGUGAAGGUUUCCAAUUUGAUUUUGUGUUUGAUUGGACUGUUCUCAAGUAUCAACAAUCACCUCAUGCCAAUGUACAUGAUAAACUGUGUAUAUACUCAAGGCGCGUUUGUAUCCUAUAUAUAGAUUCUACCCUGAAGCAGAAGACCAAGAACGCAAACGAAUCUGCAAUUGCAAAAGACAAGCUGGCACCUGGAUCCUUCCACUUGGGUCGAUCAGAAGGCUCAUCAUCAAGACGAGUUGUGGACUCAAGUAGUCGUGAACCGCUCAGUGGUGGGAGUGACUAUGAGUCUGCGCUCAGAGGCAUUGAUAGCAUGCGGAUCGAUAACAAUGCAGUGAAUGAGACUGCAGCAUCGCCACAAUCAGUUGGAGGAGAUGAUUCUACUCCUCGUAUAGAACUCAAAGCAAAGCUCUCAGACUGAUUGAUUUUAAAGACAAAACCGGUAUUCACUUUUGCUGCUUGGCCUCAACCCUUCUUGAGAGUUUGAAGGCUGUCGUCUAUGAUUCUUCUGA